CUGAGCUCUUCCGAUAACUCAACGAGAGCGAUACACGGGUCAUUCGAUAAGUCCCUUUAGCGAAAGGCAGUUAACGAACCUUACACAAAUUGCUAUUCUGAGCUCUACGUUAAGUGGUUUUCGCUAAGGGUAGUCGGUCGAGAUGCGUCUGGGUUCCACGCUAUCGAUAGCUAUUACGCUUUAACCAAUCACAGUUUAGUUAACAUAGUAUUUUUGUCACGUGACUGCAACCCGCCAUUUUCUAAGCGAAGCACGUGCUCAUUGCAUUGUCGCUGUAGCAGCGUUAGUUUUUACUUUUAUUUUAAAAUGUCUAAAAAAGCACAACGAAGCCAGCGAACCACAAGUCGCCAGUUCGAGAUGCUUGUCAAUUUUAUGGAAGAACACCCUAAAUUAAUGUCGGGGAAAUUAGAUGUUUACUGCAAAAGAUCGCCAGAAAUUGUGGCAAGAAAUAGCCGACCGUCUGAAUUCCGAUGGAGUCGGCUCACAAAAAGAUCCGGAAAAAUGGCGAAAAACUUGGAGUGACUGGAAGGCAAACAUUAAAAGUAAAGCCUCACAAAUAAAAAAAUCAUCAUUUCAAACAGGAGGUGGGCCUUCACUUAAUCAAAAAUUAACUGAAGUUGAAGAGAGAGUUUUAAAUUUAAUUGGUAUAACUGCUGUUUACGGAGAAUCCCAAAUUGAUGAGGCAGGAGUUCAGGAACCAAAUGGUGCACAAGAGUUGAGUGAAAGUGCACAAGACUUAUUAAACUGUAUGAUUGACAAUACUAUUUCUUGUGUACAAUCAAAUAAUUCUACUUGUAUAAAUGAAGAAUAUCCAUCUAAUCAAAAUACAUAUUUCGAACUGCCUCCAAAUGCUGAUUGUAACCCAACUGAUGGUCUACAUUUGAAUACUUCAUUAAGAAAUGUUAACAGAAAAAAAAGGAAACAUGAAAAAUCUGUUGGGGAAUGUAUGGCAGAAAGCCUUAAUAGAACAGAAGAUGAAAAGUUGCAUAUUUUAAAAAAUAUACAACAAGCAAUGAAUGAAAUAGCCAAAAAUAUUGAAAGGAAAAGCUAAAAAUAAACGCACCCAUGGAAUCGCGCCGAGACACCAUUAAAACGUAUUUUCCGUACAAAUUUUCAUAUAACUUUUUUUUUAUAAAGGACAAAUCUCAAAUAUUUUGCAGUGUACGACAACUUUUUUUAACUUUCCGAUUUGGGUUAAUCCAAAUAAAUGAAUUACAAAUUGUGAUUUAUCAUGUUGAGGUGACCAUUAAUGGUUCCUCUCAAUAGUCGAAGUCAGAUAUGUCAAUCCGAUCGCAUCCACGAACGGAAUUGUCGUAGCAUCGAGUUAUAUAUUCUAUGAUCGAAGAAAGUCUAAAGGCCGUUAUCACUAGUUUAUUUGCAGACAAUUAUAACUCUAUAUACACAAGGCUAUAACAACGUCGAUCGUGAAGACAAAAGUCGGAGCACUCAAGACGGACAUCCAAAGCGAAGCACGUCGAGCCGGUUGGGGAUGGUGGUCAGUUGCAAUGU